AAAUAUGAGACUUCCAAAUACACAAGUUGGUGAAAACUCUAACUCUACACUCUCUAAAAAGACUAUCAACACCACCUUUGACGGAAUGAAGCUAAGAAAAAGUUAUAAAUUACAAAAUGGACAAGCAAUAAGAAAAGUUUGAGUGCCAAGAAAACUCACUUGUGAUGAUUCUGAGAAACAACUUAACCAAAAAUUAAAAAUGAAUCAAACCAUGUGUGUGACAAAGAACUCUAAAAAUAUCCAGAACCUAAAGAGCCAGUGCAAGAAAAAGUUUACUUUUAACAUGAAGAAGCUUCUAAAAGAAGAAAGGAAAAAGUUUUAUGCAAAGAAAUCACAUGAGACAGUUGGAAGCUCUUCUCGAUGCCGUAAAAUCUCCCAGUUUGGCAAAAAACAAAAAACUUUGAAAAAAGGGACACUUACUCGAGGAAGAACCACAGGAAAGAAUUCAACUAAAAAUAAUAUUCCUAGAAAGUUCAUGAUGAGAAAUUCGUCAAAACACAAUUAUAGCGAUGAGCCUGUUAUGCCUCUUGAAGUUGAGAAUAAACCUAGAAGAUUCCUUAGCCCAGUACCUGGAAAAAGAAGUGUUUUGCACAGCUCAGAAGCACAGAGUCCAAACUUAUGUGAAAUGAGGUACUAUAAUGGAGUUCUAGUAUCUGCAAAAGGAUUUACUUUGUACCUUAACAAAGAGAUCUCUUCUCCUACCACUCCAAUCCCUGAUAGGAGGAAAAUUUCUCAACUGGGCAAAAGGAUGAAUAUGUAUACUUUUUCACCUACUUCUGACGAUCGUAAACCUAACCUUCCAUCACUACCUGAAAAUUUUAAAUGAGGAUUUUCCCCUAAGAUAAGAAUUCCAGAAGCACGAAGAAAUAUCAGUAGCCCAUUUCAGAAACAGUCUCCUUUUAAUCUGACUGUUAAAGCUUCGUCUCAGAGGAAUAGCCCCAUUCUAAGAGGUAGAUUAAGAAGAAUGCAGCAUGCUAACUUUUCAAGUUAUGCUAAUUCAGUUAUGAUUGGUUCCCAAAACACAGAGAGCACUCCUUCAAAAUUCUCAAGGAAAAGUCCAAAGGAAAUCCAUGAGAAGCUGAACCAAAUAAUACAACAAUGCGAUUCAUAAACAGUGCUUAUAGUACUGAAAACUGGUAUUUAUUACUACUAAAAGGUCCUUUUGUCCCUUUU